AGAAUUUGUUUUGCUAAUUCUUUGACAAAUGUCAAACACCGCCAAUUAAUUCGAUAAACAAUCACAUUGUUUACAAUACUAAUUUCAAGCAGGACAAUGAGUGAUAAAAAGGUACAAAUAAACAAACGCGGAAAGGGUCGUGUAAACCGUGAAGAAAUACUUCAAUGGAGCAAAGAGGAGCUGAUAGCCAAGGUUUUACAAUUAGAUGCAUAUAACUUCCAGAUAAGAAAUUUGUUACAAAAAAAGUUGGGACAAAAUGACAGUGAAUUUUAUGAAGAACUCGCUAGCCUGGACGCUAACGACAAUACAGAAAAAGCUCAAAAAACUAAGUCACAACCAAUACAAAAGCCACAGAAACGUAAAUUCGACUUUAAUAAGAGCCACAAGCGACACGUGCUAAUAAAAUUGCUUUAUUUCGGUUGGGACUACCACGGCUUAGCAACUCAAGAAGAUUCAAAUGCUACAAUAGAGCACCACCUAUUUCAAGCGCUAAUCCGCACUUGUUUGAUAGAGUCCCGCGAAACGGCCAAUUACCAUCGUUGUGGACGCACUGACAAAGAAGUAAGCGCCUUCGGCCAAGUUAUAUCAAUAGAUUUACGCAGCAAAUUUCCAGCGGAACAACAACUUUUAACUGAAUCAUUAACAAAUGAAAUUGAUUAUUGCACAUUAUUAAACCGUGUGCUUCCCCGCAACAUACAAGCGGUGGCAUGGAUGCCGCUCCGCAGUCCAGUGUACAGCGCUCGUUUCGAUUGUAUCGAGCGCACAUACCGUUAUUACUUUCCAAAAGGCGAUUUAAGUAUAGAGGCUAUGCAAAAGGGCUGUGAAUUGCUAGCAAGACAUACAGACUUCCGAAAUUUCUGUAAAAUGGAUGUUAACAAUGGCGUGACGAAUUAUAUAAGGCAAGUUUUUAAAGCUACGGUACAAAGGUGCGAAGUGGAGCAAUGCGAAAAAAAUUCUGUGGACGGAUAUGCCAUGUAUAUGUUAGAAAUCAGAGCUAAUGCCUUCCUUUGGCAUCAAAUUCGCUUCAUUAUGGCAGUUUUACUGCUCAUAGGUGAGGGUAAAGAGCAGCCGGAAGUAAUAAGUGAAUUGUUGGAUGUAGCCAAAAACCCAUGCAAGCCGCAAUACACACCGGCUAUCGGUUUGCCAUUAAAUCUCUUUCACUGUGAAUUCCGCGAGCAUACCAUACAACCCACUGAUAAUGCUAUAAAUAAAGGGGUAUCAGCAAAUACAGAAGAGCGGGAGGCGCAUACAACUGCUUGGAUAUACGGUGAUGAACACCUACAAAAACUCAUCGAGAAUGUGCAAGGUGAAUGGAUGCAAUACAAUAUAAAAAGUACCAUGAUACGCGACGUGUUGAACCAAUUAGAAAGCAUACAUCAAAAAGAAUAUCAGUCUUCACCAGUGCAAGCGCAGGCUUGGUUGUUGCAAGAUAGAGUUCGUCCACGCCAAUAUCAACAACUUUUAAACCGCAAACGUUGUGAGAGUUUGGAAAAUCGCAUUGAACAUUUCGUUAAAAAGCAACGUUUGAUAGUUACCAACGAUCCAGUAGCACAAAGCAACUUAGUAACAAAAACAAUGGCUAAAACGUAACGCACACAAAACAAAUUACUUUAAUUUGUUUGUUAUUGGACAAUCAUAUGUUACCCUCAGACAAUUUCUACGCGCUGUAUAUAUGGUACAUUGUCCUGUCAUAAGAAGUAUUUGAAAGUUAAGAGAAAUGAAUGUACUAUUUCUAUAUGUGCAGAAAAUAAAUGCUUAUCUUAUAAAACAUUAAGUGUUAUACAUAAAUACACACACAUGAAAAUGAUUAAAGGUAAAAAACUUCAACUUCGUUUGCACCAAAGCCGGAAUACCCUUCACAAACAAAAAGUUCCCAUACAAUAACUUAAUUUUUGCAACUAUAUGCUAGUCCGAACUGUCUAAGAUUGUACGGUUACUUGGGGCAAUAAUUCAUGCCAAAUUUUAGAUCGAUGUCUUAAAAACUAAAGGACUAGUUCGCGUAAUACAGACAGAACGGCAUAAUUAAAUCCAAUCAGCUCAUAGCGUUGAUUAUUCAUAUACUUAAUUAUGGCCUCCGAAGUUUCCUUCUAGAUAUUACAAACUUCGCGACAACCUUAUACCCCGUUCAUGGUAUAAAAAGCAUGGCAAUAAAUAGUUUAGCCAUAUAUAAAUCACAAUCCACACAAUUAGAUUUAUCUUAUCUGCAUUUAUUUAAUACAAUAAUCCGAUUAGUCUCAACAAAAGUAUCGCGAGAUAAUAACGACAGUAUUUUUGUAAAACUCUAACAAAUAUUUGAAUUUAUGCAUAUUUGCUUUGCUAUCCAAUAACUAAAAAUGAAGUUGUAAUGACGCGAUAACUGAUCAAUUUAGUAAUAGCGCUACUGACUUGCGCGCUUCAUUGCUAACAGUCAAUGCUUUUUGUAUCUUUUUUAUACAGUGCAUACAACAUUCUGGUAUUAAUAUAGCAACUGAUAAAUCGAUUUGAAUUCAAAUGCUUAACACCUUGUUCAGUUGAGUUUUUGCGUUUCUAUCGCGCGGUCGAAUUUGUGCAAUUUCCGCUAAUGUUUAAGUUGUGCGUAUUGGAGGCAUUAAGAUUUUGCAUUUCUUAACAGAACAGCAACAACAACAAGAACGAAAA